UCAAGAGUUUCCUAUCACCAUACCAAAAUUUCCUGGAGAGCUCCGAUAAGCCUUCGCCGGAGAUCUAAUUACCGUCGCCGUUGAUGGCUCUGCUGAAAUCGUUCGUUGAUGUCCGACCAGACUCUCACUUCCCGAUCCAGAACCUUCCUUACGGCGUGUUCAAGCCGGAGCCGAGCUCGUCGCCGCGUCCCGGCGUCGCAAUCGGCGAUUUCGUCCUCGACCUCUCCGAGAUCUUUAGGGAUGGACUCUUCGACGGUCCGAUACUCAGAGACUCCGAUUGUUUUCUUCAGCCUAAUCUGAACAAGUUUUUGGCUAUGGGGCGUCCUGCAUGGAAAGAAGCUCGUUCCACACUUCAGAAACUCCUAUCAUCUGGUGAACCGACCUUGCGUGAUAAUGAUGAAUUGAGGAAAAAAUCCUUUUAUGAGAUGAGUAAAGUUGAAAUGGUUCUUCCUAUGGUGAUUGGGGACUAUACUGACUUCUUUGCGUCCAUGCAUCACGCAAAGAACUGCGGACUUAUAUUUCGUGGGCCUCAGAAUCCAAUAAACCCAAAUUGGUUUCAACUUCCCAUUGCAUAUCAUGGACGGGCAUCAUCUAUUGUCAUCUCUGGAACUGACAUUAUUCGACCGAGAGGUCAAGGCCAUCCACAAGGCAGCUCUACUCCAUAUUUUGGACCUUCACAGAAGCUUGAUUUCGAGCUCGAAAUGGCUGCUGUAGUUGGGACAGGAAAUGAAUUAGGCAAACCCAUCGAUGUUAACAACGCAGCUGAUCAUAUAUUUGGUCUUGUACUUAUGAAUGACUGGAGUGCUAGGGAUAUUCAGGCAUGGGAGUAUGUGCCUCUUGGGCCUUUCCUUGGGAAGAGUUUUGGAACUACAAUCUCCCCUUGGAUUGUUACUCUAGACGCUCUCGAACCUUUUGCUCGCCAAGCUUCUAAGCAGGAUCCACCUCCAUUGCCAUAUCUGGCCGAGAAAACAUCAGUGAAUUACGAUAUUUCUUUAGAGGUUCAACUUAGACCUGCAGGGAAAGACGAUUCUUGUGUAGUAACAAGGAGCAACUUCCAAAACUUAUAUUGGACCGUAACCCAGCAGCUCGCACACCAUACUGUUAACGGCUGUAACUUGCGGCCCGGAGAUCUCUUUGGGACCGGAACCAUUAGCGGACCUGAGCCAGGUUCACUCGGAUGUCUGCUUGAGUUAACUUGGAACGGGCAGAAGCCUCUUUCGCUUAACGGAACAUCUCGGAAGUUUCUAGAAGACGGGGAUGAAGUGAUCUUCACCGGUUUGUGCAAGGGUGAUGGUUAUAAUGUUGGGUUUGGAAAAUGCACCGGCAAAAUUGUGCCGUCACUGCCAUGACGAGCUUUCCGCCAAGUGAUUGUGAAGUGGAAGAUAACCGAAGUAACGGGUAUCGUGGGGGAUUAUGAUGAUGAAAUGUGCAAUCAGGUAUAUGAGUUGAAUAAGCUGUUUCAAUAUUGUGUAUUCCACAAUAGUAUGAUUUACUUGGGCUUGUAUUUCAUUGGAUAUGAUCUGUUUAGUGUGUUGCAUUGGUUCUCACCUUUCGGGCGAAAUUUGAAAUGUUUUUUUUUC